ACAUCCUCCGCCACAGCCGAAUCCCCAUCCAUCGCGCGAGCGAACGAGCAGGGUCGCCGUCGCUCGUCCUGCUGCUUCCGCCGCUUCCGUCCUCUUUCCCAUCUCUCUCUCUCUCUCUCUACCCACGCCCUUUUUGUCGAAUUUGCGUUAACCCUAGCUUCUGUUCUAGAAAUUUGCCUUAAACUCAAUACUAAUAACUGUUUGAUGGUUCCCCAAAAAGUUUGGGGGUUCAACUGAACCACCAUGUCCUAUGUUAGAUCCGCCUGAAUUUUCGGGAGAAGCUUACUUGAUUGAGAGAUGUCACUUGGCUAUGCCGAGAAGCUAUCCUACCGAGAGGAUGUGGGAAAUGUCGGCAUGCCUGAGAUCUUCGACUCUCCUGAACUCCUCCACAAGAAGAUAGAAGAGCUUGCAGUCAUGGUGCGAGAGAGUAAGCAUUUGGUGGUGUUUACUGGAGCAGGCAUAUCAACUUCAUCAGGCAUACCUGACUUCCGAGGGCCCAAAGGCGUGUGGACACUGCAGGUGGUACUGCUGUUUGUGCAGCUAUAUCUCACAAUAGGAAAAGGUGUUCCUGGUGCAUCACUGCCGUUUCACCGAGCUGUUCCAACCUUGACUCAUAUGGCACUGGUUGAAUUGGAAAAAACAGGACGAUUAAAGUUUGUCAUAAGCCAGAAUGUUGAUAGCUUACAUCUCCGCUCUGGCCUCCCAAGGGAGAAGCUGGCUGAAUUGCAUGGAAAUUCUUUCAAGGAGAUCUGCCCAAGCUGUAAAAAGGAGUACCUUCGUGAUUUUGAAAUUGAGACGAUAGGACUGAAGGAUACUCCAAGGCGUUGUUCUGAUAAGAACUGUGGAGCUAGAUUAAAAGACACAGUUCUUGAUUGGGAGGAUGCUUUACCCCCUGAGGAGAUGGAUGCUGCCAAGGAGCAGUGUCAAAAAGCUGAUCUUGUCCUAUGUUUAGGAACUAGUCUGCAGAUUACUCCUGCUUGUAAUAUGCCUCUGUUGUCACUGAAGAAUGGGGGGAGGGUGGCUAUUGUAAAUCUUCAGGCAACUCCGAAGGAUAAAAAGGCAAGCCUUGUCAUUCAUGGACUUGUGGAUAAGGUCAUUGCUGGGGUUAUGUAUAUGAUGAAUCUGCGUAUCCCUCCAUAUAUUCGUACUGACUUUGUUCAAAUUAGUCUCCGGAACUCGGUCAAAAAAAAAUGCGUGAGAUGGACUCUCCGAGUAACAAGCAUUCAUGGCUUGCGAGCACCUUUGCCAUUUCUUCGAUCAGUUGAGGUUUCCUUUCCUGAAAGACCUGACAUGAAGCCUGUAGUACUAAAGGAGCAACCAUUUUCUUUGCAGAGAGAAACAUCAAUGAAUAGACCGUUUGUCAUGCUAUUGACAUUCAACUUUAGUGAUGGUUGCGGCUGUUCGAGCUCUUCCAUUGAAUGGCCUGUUGAUUUUCUGAAGCAAAAAGACAGCUUUGUCAGGGAUAGAAGUCUAGUCCUGCAAGAGUUGCAACAUGCUGCAGAGCAUCGAUCACGUGCAGGGCAGCAUGCAAUUCUGGAGAGGGAGGGUGUGCCAAGAGCUGAAACGUCAAUUCAUGCACUUGUGACCAACAUCGUCAGGUAUGAUACUGAAGAUAGCAAGGCGGCAGUUCCCAUGGCUACAUGGAUGAACAGCAACGGCAGCCUUUCGAAACGGCAUAUGGAUGCCAUUGGUUGCAACCCAGCAUCGUCAAAAAAGCAGAAGUUGGUUGCUACUCGUCAUCGGCGAAAGGGCUUGAACCCUGCUACUCAGAAAGUUUGAUGGCUGUUUGUUCUAGUUGUCAGACUAGAGUUAGGAUAGAUGCAUGAGAUGUUCACAGUAGCUAGAGUAAGGUGUUAACAACUUCUAGUGCAUGUGAAAGCUGGUAGAAUUUUAACUUGACAAGCCCAACGUAAUUCAGCAACCAUCUCAAAAGAAACUGGUUGUGGGGCUUGAUGGUAUGUUUUGUAAAGCUCGGGAAGAUGAACAAACCUCUAAAUCAUUAAGGAUGAUCUGAGGAACUGGAGGUAAAGUGAACCGUACAAAGAAAAUAAAUGGAAGGCGAGACAAUUUUUUAUUGCUGCAGAGAAAGUU